AUGGUCAUGUUUAUCGAGCGCGGUAUACGCGGCGGUCUGAGCCAAUGUUCCGGUAGAUAUGCACAGGCUAACAACAAGUAUAUGCACUCGCAUGAUCCGUCGAAAGCUUCCUCAUACUUGAUGUACUUCGAUGUAAAUAAUCUAUACGGAUGGGCAAUGUGUCAACCACUGCCAUACGCUGAAUUUCGCUGGGUUGACGAUGUUGCAGAUUUUGACUUUAGCGCGAUCGCCUCGGACUCGCCCACGGGUUACAUUCUCGAGGUCGAUCUCGAGUACCCGCAAAGUAUACACGACGAGCACACUGACCUACCGUUCUGUCCGACGCGCGAUAAGCCGCUCGGCAUGCGGCAGGCAAAACUUCUGGCGACUCUAUAUUGCAAGAAGCGUUACGUCAUUCACUAUCGUAACCUACAGCAAUGCACGCGUCAGGGUAUUCGCGUCACAAAUAUACAUCGCGUACUACAAUUCGCGCAAUCCGCGUGGCUCCGCGAUUAUAUUGAACUAAAUACGCAAUUUAGAACGCUCGACAAGAACGAUUUUGAGAAAAAUUUGUAUAAAUUGAUGAAUAACGCAGUAUUCGGUAAAACUAUGGAAAAUGUGCGAAAUCGCGUCGAUGUAAAAUUAAUAACUAAAUGGGAAGGACGACACGGCGCGGAGGCAAUGAUCGCAAAACCAAAUUUCCAUAGCCGAAGCAUCUUUUCGGAAAAUCUGACAGCCGUUGAAUUGCGCAAACUCGAGGUGAAAUUCAACAAGCCGAUCUACGUAAGUAUGUGCAUUCUCGACAUAUCUAAAAUCUGUUUGUAUGAAUUUCAUCACGAGUACAUGUUACCUUUAUAUAACAACAGAUGUAAAAUUAUGUACACCGACACGGAUAGCCUUAUAUACCACAUCCAGUGCGAGGACGUGUACGGGACGAUGAAACGUGAUAUUCAUAGAUUUGACACGAGCGAUUAUCCGACAGAUAACGCGUACGAUAUUCCACUUGUUAAUAAAAAAGUGCCAGGUUUAAUGAAAGAUGCCUUCUGGACGAGGUCGGUAAACUGUUCGAGCGAAUACUCGUGA